GUUAGUGUACGGUUACAAUAAUAAUAUAAUGGCGUGUAUGGUAGCGCACUUACAACCAGGGGUAGACUGAUCCCUUGGCGGGAGGGCGAGAGAGAAUGAGAGAUAUCGUUUUAAUCUCUUUCUAUGGUUAUCUGCGCGAUAUCGAGAACGUCCUGGUGUCCCUGUUUUCGUAUUUAAUGUCAUAAUUGUAUUUUACAUUUGUUUGUUUUUUUUUUUUUUAAAUUAUUGUCGAGUUUUUUCGUGUCGUGGCUGGUUUUCGUGUUCCUUAGUUUGCGAAGAUUCCAAAUACCCGUGAUGUGAUACAGCCAUAAUGCACACCGUACCCGCUUAACAACGACUUUAUCUGUGCGAUUAUCGUUUCGUUCGCCGUUCCGAAAAACGUACCUAUCGAAAUGUUAAUGUAAUAUUGCUUGUUCGACGACAGCCAUGAUCAACUGUUUUAUUUUGUUGUUAGCGAUACUCGGUCAUCAGCCUGGCAACGUCAAGGCCGACUGCCUAGACAACAACGGCCGAAUCGUUCAGGAGGGCAAGUCAUUCAUACCGGGCCCAGAAAUCUGCACUCGGUGUAUGUGCGACAACUCUGUAGCUAAAUGGUGUCAUCCUGUGCUUUGUACUGCUCCACAGGAUUGCAAGUCAUAUACAACUGUUGGAAAUAUAUGCUGUGAAUUCAAUUGUUUAGAUGAAACUCUCAAAGGCGAUAAUAUUAAUGCCAGAUCAAUUGCCAGCACUGUAACGGCAUUUUUAUUCUUCAUAUUAAUUGUUUUUCUCAUCAACCGGUUACAUAAAAGAAAUAUAAUGUCAAAUGGAGAAGUUUUCACUGAUCCAAACUCACUUCAAAUGGGCGAAGGUGUACGUGGAAUUGGAUUCAUUAGUGGCUACAUGAAUUUACCUAGGCCUGAUUUAUAUUAUGGUGAUCAUGCAACACUUCAUAUACCUUUAUGGAAAACAUACUAUCCACGUGGUGAUGCACCACCUCCAUAUGAUGAAGCUAUUGCAUUACCUCACCAAAUAGUACCCCAACAGUUAAAUACUGUCGUAGAUGAAGUUACCGCUUACCAUAGGACUAUACCUUUUACCAUGACGGAAGUUGAACAAAAUAUUCAGCCACUAACUUCAGGUGACCCUGAGACUGUACCAACUACUAACCAGCCGUUUUUAGAUCACAAUCAAACGAAUGAUGAUAAAUUUCAAUGUCAUGAUAAAAUACCUACAAUUUCUAAUGAUGAUUUCCGAGAAGAAUGUGAAAAUUGUAAGCAUGAUCAAGAACUUGCUGAAGGGUAUGAUGAUAUUUUUCCUGAACCAGAAACAAUGACACUAGAGCGAAGACCACAAUUAUUAACUCAUGAGCACGUAGCAGAUGGUAUUGAGCUACGUUCAUCAAUGACUUUACCUGAUAAUGGAAGACUACGAAGACCUCAUGUUGGUAACUUGAAAGAUAAAUAUAGAGACGGAUGGUUCAAAGAAACUAGUUUAAAAGAAAAUUCAACUUCUGAUGAUGAUCAGCCAUAACAGAAAAGGAUCCUUAUUUAUUGGUAUGGUAUAAUACUUUGUUAUUAUGGGUAAGUAUAAAAAUUGGUUAAGUACUAAGCACUAGCACCAAUUUAAUUGUUGACUAUUAUUUCUGUCAGUUUAAAAAAAUUAUUUAUUUUAUGAAAUUAAUUAGUACCCAAUAUCUUAUUUCUUGAUGUUAAAAUAUUUCUUACCUAAUAUUUUGCAUAAAAUAACAUUACUUAUCAUGAUAUAAAUAUUUAUAUUAUUCAGGAUUUAAAUUUUAUUCUAAUAUGGUAAUAAAAAAUAACUAAUAAUUUCUCAAAUUUCUGUCUUUAAUGCUAAUAUUUAUUUUUUCUUGAUGUAUUAAUAUUGAUAUAUUAGCUUAAUUUUAAUGUAUAACUAAGAUUUAUGUGUUAUAGUUUAUAAGAUCUCAGCUAAAAUAAUACAUAUUUUUUUUUUAAAUUGUAUUAUUAAUACAAAUAGUUAUUUUAGUUUGUAUACUUUUCUGUGAUAACAAGUUAUUUUUGGUAUCUUCUAGUUAAUUUUUAUUAUUGUGCCGUAUAAGUAUUUUAAAUUCUUUAUAGAUAUAAUGUAUAGGUUUUUAAUGUUUUUCAAAUUAUUUCUUUUCUUAAUUUCUGUUCAUUUUAAAUUUUCCAAUAUGUAUUGUAACUUUUCAUACCAUCAGACAUUAGUCCCCCAUUUAAUCUAUGGAUUUUAAAUAAAAUUAGAAAGACUAUUUAAUAUAUUGUUGCUAUCAUGUUGAAAGUGUUUAAUUAGUUUUUGACAGUUUUUCGUAAAUUAAAUCAAAGUUAAUUACAUUUUAUCUAAAAGAGUACUAAUUUCUAGUGUUGGCCAAUGAUAUCGUUAUAGUGGGUAUUUUCUUAAUAAUUUCGAUAUUGAUAUCUAAAAAAUCAUGAUAUUGAAAUAACUGAUUGGGGCUCUUGCUGGAUUUAUAUAUACUCUUCAAUCAUUAAUAAUAGAUAAGCAAUGAUGAUAACGAAGAAGAUAAUUCAGUAAUUCAAAGUCCUGCGAUCAUAGAACUUGAAGAGAACAGAAAUUUGAAUAUUAAAAUUCCCUACAAUUAUGAUUAUUUAAACUGGUUGAAAGUAAACAAAACUAAAUACUCAGCUGUAUCAUUAUGAGCCAAAAAUGAAUUAAGUAUUAGUGUCUACUAGUGUUCCUUGUGAAUAGCUAUUUACUGAAGCUGGAACAUUCAUCUCCAAAAAAAGAAAUAGAUUAUCUCUUGAACGACUGUAUCAAUUAUUAUUUCUGAAUUCAUAUUACAAAUUGAUUCCAAAUUCUGAAACAUUGGUGGAAAAACUGUUUAAAGAAUAAAAUUUGUAAACUAAAAAAUACAUAUUCGAUAUUUCUAUUAUUUCCAUACCUUAUUAGUUAUUUUCUACAUUUACAUAUUUUAUGUUUUACAUACUUUUAAAUAAAUACAUAAUAAUUAGUAAUUAAUAUACAUAUAAUUAUAUAAAUAUCUACAAAUCAACAUCAAUAUCGAUAUUAUUUUGAUACCGUGAUACAAUAUCAAAAAAAUCGAUAAUUAAUAAUGUAUUGUUGGCCAACACUAAUAAUUUCACCUAAUGUCUUGAUGUAUAAAUAAAUGGUUAGUAAAUUGUAUUUUAAGAUAUUUUAUUGAGCCAUACCAAAAAUUGUGUAAAAAAAAAUAUCACUAAAUGGUUCAUCCUUAAUUAUACAAUAAUUCAAAUAAUAUAAAUUAUACAUUCUAAUUAGAAUUGAUUCUCAAAUAAUAAUUAUAAGAAUUUUUUUAUAAGUAGUUAGAACAGUACAUAAUUUAUCGUUCUUAUGGAAUGGACAAUAAUAUAUUAAUAAUAUUUUUUAUUAUUUAAUGAGCUAAAAUUGGUUCUUAAAGUGUGGAUAACUAUUAACAUAUAAUAUUUUAUUUUACUAUUACAUUACCUAUUUAUUUAUUUUUUUUUAUGUAUAAUUUUGAUUUGAGUUAUUUUACAUAGUAUUUAUUAAUAGAGAUAAUGGUACCUUUUACUCAAAUAAAUAAUCAAAAGUUAUUUUCUAUAAUAUUGAUUAGAGUUCCUAAUAGUUAUUCAAUUAUUAUUUUUCUUAACUAGUAAAGCACUAAAUAAUUCAGGUUUAUAGUGUUAUUUAUUUAAUAUAAAACAUUUAUUAAUAUUUUAAUUUUUGUAAGUAAUAAAUUUAUAAAUGCCUAAAUCAUAAAAAAUAUCACUCCAAAUUGUAUUUCCUUCUUGAUUAAUUUUUAUGAUUGUAAAUAUAAUCAGUAUAAUCAUAUUUGUUAUAUGAUUUUAGUUAGUACAUUUAUACUUUCUAUGGUAUAAUGAAUGUUGUAUGCUUAUUAAUUGCUUACUACAGGGGAAAUUAUUAAAAUUAUCAAUCUACUCUCCUAAAUAUGUACAUAAAAGUUUGAGUAAAUGAAAUUUAAAAAUGUGUCUUGUCACCAGUAGUAUUACAGAUGCUACUAUUCACAAUUUUUUUUUAUUAUAUUUGAAUACCACUGCCAUUUUUUUAUUUUUCCUUUUUAUUUUUUUGUAAACUUCUGUUUUAACCAAGUUUGAAUCUUAAUACUUUGUUUAAAGUAUCUAACCAUGUUUAAUACUAAUUUUAUUUGACCAUAAUGCUUUACCAGUAAACCUUUAACUUUGAUCCAAGUUUGUUAGGUUUUAUGUGUAUAAGUAUUAGUUAAUUAUUCAACUCAAUUGCAUUUUAAUUUUUAUAUACCUAUUACAUUUUGUAUACCCUUGAGCGAGUGUACUAAGUAAUAAGUAAAUACCUACAUUCUUAUUGUUUUAUAUGUUUAUUAUAUUUAUUGAUUUAUGUAUUAUAUAGAUAAUUUUUUUUUUUAAUUAAGAAAAUUAACUAUUCCACUUAUUAUAUGUAUUUUUUAGUUAUAAUUAUUCAUUUAUGAGUUUUUAGUUAUUACUAGGCUUAGGGAAUUUUAGCUACUAACAUAUAUAUUUUUGUUUAAAUUAUUAAAAGACUAUUAGGGUUUAAUAAAAAUCCUAUUUAAGAUAAUAAUAUACCAAAUCAAAAUUCAAAAUUGUAUUCAGAAUAUUAAAGUUUUUGCUUAUUAAUGCACAUUUGUCCACUAUACAUAUAGCUUCUUAGUGAUUUUUUUCUUUAAUUAUGCUGCAUACACAGAAAUAAAAAUGUAUUCUUAAGAAUGUAAUUAUUUAUUGUGUAAAUAUGCCAUUUCAGUUCCCACACAAUACACUUUUGCGAUCCUUGCAUCCAAAUUCCAAAAUAUAUUUUUAUGCGAUACUGAUGUACUAUUUUGUUGUUAUUGAAGGAUCAAAUUUCAUUGAAAUAGAAGAUAUAUUUCUACACAUAAAGAGUAAUAAAACAAAUAAAUAUAAAUUACAAAUUUAAAUAAUCUAACAUUAUUUAUUUUUUUUUUAAUGCUUAUAAUAGUAA